ACUGAUCGUUCUGCUAACAUCUAGUUUAUUGCACGGGAAUAUGGUGGAUUUUGCACAUUGUUUCUUAUAGCAUUAGAUCUAGGGUGCUCCAAACACCUUUUUACUUGCUUAGGCUUUGUAUUUACUUUGAAGGCAAUGUCACUCUUUUUUCUGCCUGUCCUCCCCUAAAUCUAGUGUUGCGUUCUCUGCCAACCCCUUAUUUCCUAACAAAUCUAUUCAAUCCAUCCUUCUUCUACUGAAUUAUUUUGCAGAUGCGGAUCCCAUUUACUUGAUAGUUUUUAGAUUGCUUUUUGUUAGUUUUACCGAUCUGACAUGAUGGAUGUCACCUUCUCUUCCUGAUCUGGCUUAUGAUCAUUCCACAUAUGCUUAUCAUUUCUUAACUUAAGUUUCAAUUCUGGAUCCCUUCUUUUAAUGAUAGUUUUGACUUACUCUUUCACUUAUGUGCCAGCUGAAGGUUUAUUUAUUUUUUAUUUUUUUAAUAGUUUCUGUGGCUUGGGGUUUGUGGCUCUCCAUGUAGAUAUAUACAACACACGUACUAUCAUAGGUUGUAACAGGUUGAUUGAAUAGCGUUCUUCGUUGUACUGUCUACUAAACAGUUUGCAUUUGUGGCUGAUAAAUAUAUUUUGACACCCAUCCUUGUUGCUAAAUGAUUUAGUGGACUAUUUCAGGAAGUAAAAAGGUAAGGUUCGGCGAUGAGGGUUGAUUUUGAGAAAGGCCUCCAUAAGAUUCAAUUGGCAGUCGUUUUUGGUUGUUUUCAGGAGGCGUAGCUUUAGGGAGAGAUGGAUAAAGUGGAAGCAGUUGCUUUGCUAAAACUAAUUUCUUACAUUUAUAGAUGGUUGGCAGAAGGGGUAGUUUUAAAGCUUCUAGAGGCUUGAGACAGUGUUACUAUGGAGUACCAGGAAAGUACAGGAUUUGGGAUGCCUCCUGCGGUUAAUACUUUGAUGUUGGACUUAUGGACUCCAAUAAUUGAGAAAUCCAGCAUGAACUGGAUAUGUGGAAAGUUCCUUUCCUUUCAGAAGCAGGGAAAGAAAUGGGGUGGAUGCUGGGGUGCAUUAUCUUGUUUUCACUCGCAGAAAGGAGAAAAGCGCAUUGUACCUGCAUCUCGUUUACCUGAGGGAAAUGUUGUGACAACCCAGCCAAAUAGACCUCCAGCAGCCGGAAUGGCCAUCCAGGCUACAGUGAUAGAUCCAUCGCUACUAGCCCCACCUUCUUCUCCAGCAUCCUUUACAAAUUCUGCACUCCCUUCAACAGCCCAAUCACCGAGCUGUUUCUUGUCGAUGUCUGCCAAUUCACCUGGAGGUCCUUCAUCGACAAUGUUUGCUACAGGGCCAUAUGCACACGAAACACAGCUGGUUUCGCCUCCUGUUUUCUCAGCCUUCACCACUGAACCGUCAACUGCUCCACUCACUCCCCCUCCAGAACUAGCUCACCUGACCACACCUUCUUCCCCCGAUGUGCCGUUUGCUGAGUUCCUAUCCUCAUCAGUGGAUCUUAAAGGAACAGGAAAGGAAAAUUACAUUGCUUCAAAUGAUCUUCAAACUGCAUAUUCUCUCUACCCUGGAAGUCCUUCCAGUAGCCUCGUGUCACCAAUUUCAAGGACCUCCGGUGAUUGCUUAUCAUCAUUUCCUGAGAGGGACUUCCUACCGCAGUGGAAUCCUUCAGUUUCUCCCCAAGAUGGAAAAUAUCCUAGAACUGGUUCCGGUCGGCUAUUUGGACAUGAGAAAGCUGGUACAUCUUUGGUAUCUCAGGAUUCUAAUUUCUUCUGCCCUGCUACAUUUGCACAAUUCUAUCUGGACAAUCCACCAUUCCCUCAUACUGGUGGUAGGUUAAGUGUAUCAAAGGAUUCAGAUGUUUACUCGCCUGGUGGGAAUGUACUCCAAAAUCGGCACAAUAAGUCUCCAAAACAAGAUGUGGAGGAACUAGAAGCAUACCGAGCAUCGUUUGGUUUCAGUGCAGAUGAAAUUAUAACUACUACACAAUAUGUGGAGAUAUCUGGAGUAAUGGAGGAUUCCUUUACUAUGAAGCCUUUCACUUCAACUAGUCUGUCAGCAGAAGAAAGUUUUGAACCUCCAUUGUUGGCUGAAAAUCUAAAUUCCGCACAUACAACCUUACAGAGUCAGAGGAGAAUUAAAUCACCACCUGAUGUUGUCCAAAAGGAUACCUGCACUGAAGUGCUGGCAUUAUGCAGUGUUUAUGAAGAUAAUAAAUUGCAAAGACAACCUGGUAACAUGUCUGGAUCAAGUACCUUAAACCAAGUUGGAUCAGAUGUAUUUUCAAGGAUAGGGCCAUCAAAAAAUAGUCGGAAGUAUAAUCUUGGUUUGUCCUGCUCUGAUGCGGAAGUUGACUACAGAAGAGGAAGGAGCCUAAGAGAGGCCAAGGGAGAUUUUUUAUGGCAUGACUAAGAGAGCCAUCUCUGUUAGUUUACAGAAUGUUUAUCUUGUCUCACUGGAUGGUUUAACGAUAUAGUUUGUGUUCCUUAUCGUGCCAAUUUAUGGAAUGGAUCGAAUUUCUGUAUUUGGUUGAUGAAGUUUACUUGUUUUCAAUGAAGCAUGAUACAAUCUGCUUGCAUGUUCUGUA